AUGGGCGAAAAGCUGAUAUGUCAGAUGCCAUCCCGAAACACCUUGGGAAAAAUCACUGAUCCUUGCAUUCAGUUCUUGGGAAUUCAAUGGACCGAUGUUCAGGUCUACUGGAACGCCCCUACAGAGAUAUGCUCUAAAAUGAACAUAAACCUCUCCGUCGAGGAAUACGGAAUAGAAGCCAAUCCGAAAUAUACAUUCUACGGUGUGAAUAUCGUUAUCUUCUACCAAUUCGAAUUCGGUUUUUACCCGUAUUUUAAAGAUUACAACAAAAGUUCUCCAGUCAACGGCGGUCUGCCUCAGGAUUGCAGUUUAGCAGCUCAUCUUCAGAAAGUUCGAAAGGAUAUAACAAACAUCAUACCUGAAGAAAAUUUCACCAAUCACGCCAUUAUAGAUUUUGAGCACUGGCGCCCACUUUUCGAAGAACUCUAUGACAAAAAGAAGACCUACCACUUUUCAUCAACAAAAAGGUUUCUUCUAACCUUACAGGUCUAUCAAGAAGCAUCAAUUGAACGAGUUAAAAGAAUUCAUCCAAGUCUAAGCGAUGCAGAAGCACGACAGCUAGCUGUGAUCCAGUUUGAUAACGCUGCUAAGUUCUAUUUUCAUACGUUUUUGCUUAGAACAUUCCUCGUUGAAACGAUAAAAACUGCUAGACAGAUGCGACCGAAAGCAUUGUGGAGCUUCUAUGGAUUUCCGUACUGCAACUACAACGCUGGCCGAAAAGGCAGUGACUACAAUUGCUCUCGAAAAUUCGAAAGCUAUAACGACAAGUGA